AAUCAACUCAGCUGUCGCCCCAACAAUUCAGCCCCUGCUCCUGCACCCCGGGCCGGCAGCAGGCACCCAAUGAUAGGGCAAUUAUAGGCAACGUUCCAGGCCCUGCCCACUGCCAACUUCCCCUGGCUUCUCCUGUUCAUGUUCAAUCCACCAGACUUCCGGUCAGACGACAGCCCUAGAGCCCACCGCCAGACGCAGCCGAUGCUUUGCGAUGGCCCAGCUGGUCUCCGAUUUUAUCAUCACGCCCGUUCUCCGACAAGCCCGUCGCUUCUCGAGCGGGUUCGCCGCCGAUGAAUCCCCCGCCAUUGAGAGCCCCGCGAUACGACGCCAGCGAGCCCAGUCGACGGGGUUCCCCGGUGCUGCUGGUACCGCGAUAUUGGAGGGAGAUGAGCAUGCGAGGUUGACAACCGGGAGUCCAGUACGGCCCAACCGCAUCCGACAAACUCGAGCCUCGGCCGGCCGUCCCCUUUCCUCGAGUCCGGAUGGCCUGCGGAGCACCCCGGAGAACCCGAGCCUGCUGGGAUUGGGCUUACGCAACAAUAUCGGGCUGAAUGGGCAACCCAGCACUCCUGCCCCGACGGAAGCCAGCACCCAAGCCGCAUGGCCGCCGCCAGAAAGCAACAGGGCGACGCCGCUCCCCGAGGAUGACGGCAUGGGGGACCUCCGCCGAAGGAUUCAGGCCGUCCAGUCACUGGAUGUCGCCCAGGACGCCAAAGCUCAGAUGAUGCAUGAGCUGUUGACGGAAAAGUACACCAAGCUACAGCGGUCACCUGCGCCUUCCCAUAGUACCGCCAGGCCGGUGUCGCGAGCAAGCACAUCCACGCCUGACAACCAAGAGCAUACGGACCUAGCUGGGACGUUGCAGGCUUUCAAGAAAUGGAACCCGCUCGGUGACGCACCCGAGCGCCUCAACCUGCCACUGACUGAGGAGGAUCUCACGCCGACCUUUGUGCCAGAGAAACGUUCUGGCGACGCAGCGGAAUGGUGGUCGGUGACGGAGCAACCGGACGACGAGGAGAGGCGCCUCGGCUGCGAACAUUACCGCCGCAACGUCAAGUUGCAAUGCGCCUCGUGCGAGCGAUGGUACACGUGCCGCCACUGCCACGACGCCGUCGAGGACCACGCCCUCCCGCGCCAGCAGACCAAACAUAUGCUUUGUAUGCUCUGUGGAUGCGCUCAGAAGGCCUCGGAUACGUGCGUCAAGUGCAGCCAGUCAGCCGCCUACUACUACUGCGGCAUCUGUAAGCUUUGGAACGACGAUGCGAGCAAGCCCAUCUACCACUGUUCCGACUGUGGGUUGUGUCGAGUCGGCCAGGGAUUAGGCAAAGACUUUUUUCACUGCAAGAAAUGCAUGGCUUGCAUCUCCACGUCUGAGAGCAACCACAAAUGCAUCGAGCGGGCCGUCGACUCGGAUUGCCCCAUCUGCAACGAAUACCUCUUCAACUCGCCCAAGUCGGUCACCUUCAUGCAGUGCGGCCACAGCAUCCACCUAGUUUGUCUCGAGGAGCUCAAGAAGACGUCGUACCGGUGCCCGCUAUGCAACAAGUCGUGCGUGAACAUGGAGUACCGCUUCCGGCAGCUCGACAUGCAAAUCCUCCACCAGCCCAUGCCGGCCGACUACGCCGACGCCCGCGCCGUCAUCUCGUGCAACGACUGCUCCGCCAAGAGCCAGACCGCCUACCACUGGAUCGGCCUCAAGUGCGCCGUGUGCACCUCGUACAACACCACCCAACUCCACCUCCUCAACAUGCCGGGCGGCGACGCCGCCGCCGCCGAGCAGCAACAGCAACAAUCCGAACAGCAGCCGGUAGCCCUCGACCCAGAUUUCCUCGCCGAGGAAAUCCGCCGCCGCAACCGAGCCCUGCGCCGCGAGCAGGAGCGGCAGCGAGACCAAGAAAGGGACAACAACGCGAACGGCAUGCAAGCCUUCGCCCUCCUCUCCACAUCCCCCUCCUCCUACUCGCGCGCCUUCCUCACCCGCCUCCUCAACCGCGGCAGCACCCCGUCGUCGGAGCCCGACCCCCUCCCCGGAACGGAUGCUAGCAAACCCGUCUCCGCCUCGUCACCGGACCUCGUCCGUAGCCCUGUGACGAUGGCCACCGCCAAAUCUGGGUCUGCGUGCGGCUCGGUCGACGGAGACGACGACGACGACGACGAGGAGGAAGAUGAUGGCGAGAUGGACAUGCUGGACCUGUUCAGCGCGCGGGAUCGGGACUUUGAUCGCGUGACGGGGCUGACGUCGGCGGAGAGUGCGGUGGGGUUUGAUGAUGAUGAUGAUGAAGAGGAUGAUGAGGAUGAUGAUGACGAUGAGGGGGAUAGUUCGGAGGAUGAGGACCGUGAGGGGGAGGAGGAGGAGGAAGAUGAGGAUGAUGAGGAGGAUGAUAUCCUGCUGCUUGGGCAUAGAUAGGACCUGAUGGCUUCUUGGCGUGCGGUUGUGGUGGCG